AAUUGGACAUGCUACUUCCACGUAGAGCCCCCUGCAGCCUCAUGGCUUUCUCUCUCCCUCUCGUUCUUAAAUCCACCUCCUUCCUUUCCAUACAAACUUCUCUCUCUAUCUCUCCCUCAGAGGAGAUACCAACUGAAUAAGCUAUGGAAACGUACCCGAAAGAUAAUGGGGAGGCCAUAAAGGAUCAACACAGAGAGCAGUGUUCCAAGGGAGCUUGUGAAUACAACCCUUCAAAGCGUUCUUCAGAUGACAUAAUCCCCCAUAUUCUGAACUUAUAUGGAUCAUGUGCUAAGCCCAAAGAUUUUGAGAUCUAUUCUCCGGAUGCAACCUUUGAAGACCCCCUCAUGUGUGCACAUGGGAUAAAGCAGAUCAAAUCAGCAUUCUAUUCACUUUCCAAGGUCUUUGGUGAAUCAAGGAUCGUUGAAUAUAGCGUCAAAGAAAAUAUGAUUUCACAUGGAAAAAAAGAGAUACUUAUUGACAACAAGCAAUACUACAAAUUCUUGGGAAAAGAAAUAAAUAUGAUAUCACUCAUCAGACUUUAUGUAGAGGAAGGGAAAGUCGUUCGCCAUGAAGAUUGGUGGGACAAGAAGCCGCUUUUGAAUAGACAGACUGUCAAGCUACCACUCGUUGGCCGAAUUGUAGAGAUUUCUCGUAGGGGUUCAAUGUUGGCAACUCAUGCGAUGAUGAGGUUUGGAAAGGAUCCAACUCUGUAAAAUCACUUCAAGGAACGAAUAUUUAUUAGUGUUCUGCUCCAUAAUUUUGUAUAUGCAUGUGGAACUGCGUUUGUUGUAUUUCUUGAGAUUGUAAUCAAGUGAGCCAAGAUUGGCUUAUUAGUCGGUCCUGGGAAACUUUGUUUUUGAAUGGGGCAUGCCAGAAGUAACAGUGACUUAGACUGUUGUGAAAUAUUGUUGAAGCAUGAAAGAAUUAUACACCUUGAACAAAUUCAAAUUUUCCAAUUAUUUUGGCCCCAUAU